GUUGUCUCUGCAAACUGAUGAUAGCGACGUCGUCUCUCUCUCUCUCUUUCUCUUUCUCUCCAAACUUUUCAAAAAGUUCCACCUCCUCCCUCUUCUCUACCUCAUUUCCAAAUUCCAAUCAUCCCUUUCUCUUCUAGAAUUGCCUUCCAAUCCACGCCUCCUUCACCAACCUCUCCGCCGAUUCGAAAUCCUCUCGAUUUCCAUCUCCGAUUGGAAGAAUCAAAAAAUGGAAUCAUCGCCGGAUUCAACCCCCAAACCGCGUUUCUCAUCCUACUUCAAUCGAUCGGUGACGUUCAAUUCUCCACCGGCGGCGGUGGAGGAAGAAGUCGCCACAAAGCCCCUCUACAACCUCUACACGUCCCCCGCGCUGCAGCGGAGCGCCUCGAUCUACACCUCCCCGUUCGGCUCCAUGGUCUCCGCCGGGAAUUCACUCAAGGGCAAAGUCAGGAAAUUAUGCUCAAUUUUCGAAUCCCCCAAACAGCUCCCUACUCCUCCUCCCCCUUCCCCUUCUUCAAAACCCUCAAAAUUGCUCGAAUUCGCCCCCAAAUCAAUCCAAUCGCCCGUCGCCGACGCUCCAUUCCGCCUCCCUGGCACCGAGGACCGCGUCGUGAUCUACCACACCAGCCUCCGAGGAAUUCGGAAGACAUUCCAGGACUGCCACAGCACGCGCAUGAUUUUCCGAGGGUUUCGCGUGAGCGUCGACGAGCGAGACAUAUCGAUGGACGUGGCGUACAGGAAGGAGCUGCAGAGGGUUUUGGGGGAGAGCCACGUCAGCCUGCCGCAGGUCUUCAUAAAGGGGAAGUACAUCGGCGGCGCCGACGUGAUCCGGCAGCUGCUGGAGGCCGGCGAGCUCGUCCGCCUCCUCAAGGGGCUGCCGCUGGGCCCCGCCAUGCCCUGCGCCAACUGCAACGACAUGAGGUUCGCCCCCUGCGCCAAUUGCAACGGGAGCCGCAGGGUGUUUGAUGAGGACGACGAGCAGCGGAAGAGGUGCACCGAGUGCAAUGAGAAUGGCUUGGUGCGUUGCCCCCUCUGCUGCUCCUGAGGUUUGGGUUUGCUAAUUCACAUUAUUAGGUGAAAUGUGUGUGUGUGUGAUGAAUCAUAACUCAUUGGUUAUGUUAUGCUGAGGGAAUCAGCUGUGUAUAUAAUCUACAUGUAAAUUUAGGUGGAUAUCGGUUAUUCGCCUCGUCGAUGCUGUUGUUGUGGUGGUGCGGCCGUGGCUAUGGGGUUCGUAGCCAUGGCCCGAUAUGCUGCUUGAAAAUUCUUUGCAGCUAACUGCGAUAAUGUAUAACUAUAUUGAUCAAUAAUGUUGAUGAUGAUGGCUUGAAGGAGGACCUCUGGUUUUUCUCAAGAAUCCUCUGAUGAAUACUACACUCUCUUGCAAGAA